CUUCAUCCUUGCAAGUUGCUAAUGGCACGCACUCACAAUAGUUUUUGGGGCAAAUUAAAUUUCUGAGGAACUCUCUUCCCCCUUUUUUUCUUCUCUACCACUCUCCAAAAACAAUUCACUCUUUCUUUUUCCCUCCUUUUCUUUCCCUCUCUGUUGCAGCAAAUCUCCAUUGAAACACUACAGGAAAACCAUCUUCUCACUCCCCACUCGUUUUCCAACCGUUGACUCUCUCUUUUCCCUCGCCUCCUCCCCUCUCACUCUUUUCUCUGAAUAGACACAAGGAUUAUUUACUGGCGGUUGAAGCUCUGGUUAUUUAUGGAUUUGUGAUCACCUUUGCUGCUUGGAUACAACAAGUUCUUGUGAAGGCCAAGCGCUUCGUGGUGCUUGGCCGUUGCUAUUAAAUCAGCUUCCAGACCACAAGGGUAUUACUAUUAUUUUAAAUGUGUUUCCUGUGUUUUUCCAUUUAUCAGGUAUUUGGAGUGUUGUAGUUUGGUUGUUCUUAUUAUUUGGUAUUGGGAGUGUUGGUUGUGCCUUGUGUUUAUGUUAUAUUCUAGUUUAUUAAUGAGAUUAGACUGUUAGCUUACACAAACUUGUAAGUAGUGUUCAUGGAUAGUGUGAUUGCGAAUAUGCUUGCAGAAGAUGACAACUGACGAUCUACAUGUUUGGUGUACUUAGGUAGUUCAUUGUGGAAUUUGGAAACUAGUUAUUUUCAAUGGAGUGCAACAAAGAUGAGGCUAUGAGGGCCAAGGAAAUUGCUGAAAAGAAGAUGCAAAUGAACGACUUUGAAGGUGCCCGAAAGAUUGCUUUGAAAGGAAAAAACCUCUACCCUGAACUUGAAAAUAUUACCCAGAUGCUGAGCAUCUGUGAUGUGCACUGCUCAGCUCAAAACAGGAUUCUAGGAUCCGAAAAAGAUUGGUAUGGAGUCCUUCAAGUUGAAAAGUUGGCUGAUGAGGCAAUAAUCAAGAAACAAUAUCGUCGGCUUGCACUUAUUCUCCAUCCUGAUAAGAAUCGAUUUCCUGGUGCCGAGGGGGCUUUUAAGUUAAUUUGUGAAGCCAAUGCACUGCUUUCAGAUCCAGCAAAGAAAUCAUUAUAUGACAAUAAGAUUAGGGUCUGGUCCAGACAUGGUACAACAAACCCUCCAAAUCAUCACACGAACAGAAGUUCUCAGCCAAAUAACCAGUACGGAGCUCAAAGCAAAAACACAUCUAAUGGUUUCAACAGCCUGAAUCAUUAUCAGAAUACUCAGUCUACCUCUGUUUUCUGGACAUGUUGCCCUUUCUGCAAAGUAAACUACCAGUAUCACAGACAAUAUAUCAAAAAGUUGUUGCAGUGCACUAAUAGUAAAUGCUCGAAGGGUUUUGUUGCAUAUGAAGUUAGUGCUCCAUAUGUUUCCCCAGCUGAGGUGGGUCGCCAAGGUUCUCAGCAUGUGCCAUCAAAACCUGACAUACUCAAACCUGAUGGUUAUCAGGCAAAUUGUGAAAUUGGUAGGCAAAAUGUCAAAGCGCCUUCAAUGUCACAUGCUGGAUCACAAGGGGCUGCCAACAUGAAAAAUGUGCAACCACAGCCAGGUGUCCGGAAAGGAGGUCGUUCUGAGAGUGUCAAGGUAUCCAGUACUGCUGAGGACUUGAAUGGCAAAAAGGUAGGCGUAACAUCCAAUGGGGGACCAGUUCGUAGAGAAUCAAGAAAUACAAGGACCAAAGGCCAGAAGAGAGGGAGAAAGUUUGUGCUGGAAUCUAGUGACGGUUCUGAUACUGAGCAAGAGAAUCUUGGUGAUGCUGCUGCUACUGAUCUGAAAUCUGAAUCUACUCAUUCUAAAUUUGCACGUAGAUCAUCACGGAGCAGGCAGCAUGUAUCGUACAAGGAAGCUGAUGAAGAUCAUCAUUCUAGACCUCUCAAGAGAGCUCAAACAACCCAAGAGGCAGAUGGGGAAGACUCAAAGCAUGGCAAUCAAAAUACAGUUCCAGGUUCUUCUAAGUUUAAAAACAAAGAAACAGGAGCUGCUCACUCCAAAGAAAGUUUGAAGGACAAGGAUGAGGGCUUUGAUAAAGAAGCUGAGAUCAGAGGGGCAACUGGUGGUAGGUCCAGUGCUCCUGCUGACCCAGUUCAAAUUGAAAGUGAUUCUGACCUAGAUUUAUCUCCACGUAAGGAUUCAGAAACACACUUUUUGGAGUGUCCUGAUCCAGAAUUUAGUGACUUUGAAAAGUUGCGUGAUGAAAGCCAAUUUCGCGCGGAUCAGUUUUGGGCAUUAUAUGAUACAUUAGAUAGCAUGCCAAGAUUCUAUGCUAAGGUUAGGAAGGUUGGUUCUCCAUUUGAAUUGCAUAUUACAUGGCUGGAAGCUGUUCCUAUUCAUGAUUCUUUUAAAAGAUGGGUAAAGAACGAGUUACCUGCCGGUUGUGGAAGUUUUAAGAUUGGUAAAACUGACAAAAUAUCAGCGCGCGCGUCACUCUCUCAUCAAGUGCAUUGUGAAAAAGGCGGAAAGAGAGGUUCUUUUUUUAUAUACCCAAGAGAAGGGGAGGUUUGGGCUCUUUUUAAAGAUUGGGAUAUCAGUUGGAGUUCCAACCCGGAGAAUCAUAUGGAAUUCAGAUAUGAAAUUGUAGAGGUGCUCUCUAAUUUUGCUGAAGGUAUUGGCAUAAAAGUUGUCCACUUGGAUAAGGUUGCUGGAUUUGUGAGCCUUUUCCAAAGGGGUGAGCAAAAUGAGACAAGUUCAUUUUUAAUAGGGCCGACAGAGCUGUACAAGUUCUCCCACUGUGUUCCCAGUUUCAAAAUGACUGGCGCGGAGAGGAAAGGAGUGCCAAUAGGUUCCUUUGAACUUGAUCCUGCAUCCAUUCCUCUUAGUCCUGAUGACUUGUAUGUCGAUGGAAAAGCAAAGAUGGAGUGUAGAGAUAAUGGUCCUGGUGUUGAGAGCUCACUGCCGAACGAAAAGGGUAAAUCUGCUGUAUCAGGGAGUUUUUGUAGCCCACAUAAGAGUGUGGAUUUGGAAGGGAGGAGAUGUGAUGACCUCAGGCGAUCACCACGAGGAGUGAAUAUUAUGAGGCAAAGCAUGUAAUCCCCCAAACCACAUUUGUUUACCAAGGCUGGUAAUGAUUUAUGGCUAGCUGGAUGUGGAUUUUGUGUUUUUGCCCCACACAUAAAACAAGUGUGACUUUGGCAAACAAAUGGUAGGUGCUCUUGAUUAGGGUGGUUUUGACUAUUUGGCUGUAUUAAGGACUAAUUUCAGACAUUGGAAUCCUAGGACCUGUCUUGAUGUCUCCUUCUCAAGUGACUUGGACGGUCUGUACAUAAUUUUUUGUUAGUGCUCAUAACAGGAAAAUUAUCUUGUGUUUUUUU